AUGACAAUAUUUUCAGAGAUCUUUCUUAAAUUCUUAUUAAGUUUGCUAAUUUCACUGCAGGAUGUAGCUGUAAAAAUGUUCUCCAAACAAGAAUAUUCAGAAGAGGUCAUGCAAUCUUUUAGGCAAGCGGUAUCGUUGAUGAAAAGACUUAGACAUCCUAAUGUCCUGCUGUUUAUGGGAGCUGUGACUUCACCUCAGCGUCUCUGUAUAGUGUCUGAGUUCCUUCCACGUGGAAGUCUCUUUCGUCUACUACAGAGGGGCACAUCCCAACUGGAUUGGAGGCGGCGUAUUCGUAUGGCAUUGGACAUUGCUUGCGGUAUGAAUUAUCUUCACAGUUGUAGUCCACCUAUCAUCCAUCGUGAUCUGAAGUCGUCAAAUCUUCUGGUAGAUAGGAACUGCACCGUUAAGGUAGCUGACUUUGGUCUUUCACGUAUCAAGCAUGAGACAUACCUAGCCACCAAGUCCGGAAGAGGAACGCCUCAAUGGAUGGCACCAGAAGUUCUUCGAAAUGAGUCUGCUAAUGAGAAGUCUGAUAUCUACAGCUUUGGGGUAGUACUCUGGGAGCUAGCCACUGGGAAGAUCCCAUGGGAAACUCUCAACUCGAUGCAGGUGAUUGGAGCUGUGGGGUUCAUGAACCAGAGGCUGGAAAUUCCAAAGGACAUUGAUCCUCUUUGGAUCUCAUUAAUGGAGAGCUGUUGGCACAGCGAUACAACGCUGAGACCUACAUUCCAAGUACUGAUGGAGAGACUAAGAGAUCUGCAAAGGAAGUAUACAAUACAGUUCCAAGCUACUUGUGCCGUCUUUACCUGACAACGAUAUAGUUGCAAGCUAAAGCUAGUUCGGAAAACAUCUGAUGUUAUAAAAUAAUUGUCAUGGAGAAAUAGUUUGUCCACUAUAUUCUUCUCUGAAGUUUUAAUAUAAUCUGACCUUAUAUUCAACUAACACGUCUCAGUCUCAAAUAUUAUAAUUUAAACCAAAAAAUUGCCACCAAAUACAAAUAAAAGGUGCCAAGACAACAGUUUACGUAUCUGUAAUCUAAAUCUUGAAUAUGGAUCAUACUUCUUUUUGCAAUAAUCUUUUGUUUU